AUGAUCGCUCUAGUCAAGGAUCACAUCUUCCAUGGACUACCUGCUGAGAUUCCGGGACACAUCCAGAACUUUGAGGAGAUAUGCAGCACGACUGGUUCGAAUGGAGUACCGGCUGACUUUCUGAAGUGCAAGCUAUUCCCAUUCUCACUUGCCAACAAAGCAUCUCGCUGGCUGAAGUCAUUACCACCUGGGUCUUUGACUUCAUGGGACCAACAUGAUGGAGAAGCUUUCUGCGAAGCAUGGGAGAGAUACAAGGAGUACCGAAGAGAGUGCCCUCAUCACGGAUACUCUGACGAGCAAAUCCUGAGCAUCUUCUAUGAUGGAGUCAACUGGGACUACAAGAACGCUUUGAACGCAGCCAGCAAUGGCGAUUUCAUGACGAAGUCCAAAGAAGGUGCAUUCGAGCUGAUCGAGAAUCUUGCAGCGAGCUCGAGCAACAAGAACGCUGAGUACUGA